UGUCCAUCCUUCACUCUUCACCUAACUCAGCAGUGAAAUGGACUCGUGAUAUUUCAGAAAGAGGAUCUGACAUGACAAAGGACAGAAGAAAGGGAAGUGUUCUUCACUUGCAUUCUGGUCCCAGGAGUGUGGGGGUCUCUCACAAAUUGCAGGGAAAGGAGGACAGGCCUGCAGCUCUGGGAGAAUGGGAGAAGUUGUGCGGAUAGUGGUGUUUGUGAUGGCUUUCAUCAGCUGCAAUGCCCUCCUGGAUCUGUCUGGUGUCCCCCAGGUCAAGGGCACGUGGAUGGCAACCACCACUUUACCGUGUGCAUACAUGCCCUCAGAAGGUUUCACACAGCAAAUGCUCAGCUGGAGCAUAGAGCGAGACCAUAGGACCUCUACCAUCUUUCGGAGGGACGAUUCUGGUGACCACAUCCUGUUGGCUCAGUUCCGAGACCGGGUCAGCGUCCCAAAGCACAGCCCAGGGAACGCCUCACUCCUAAUUGAGAACCUCGAAAUGCCUGACAGUGGACACUACACCUGUAAAGUCAUCUGGAGGUCUGAAAACAACAGCUUGGUAACAAAGGAGGUGACCACUGUGGUUAAAGUAGUCAAAGUUGCUGUGACCAAGCCCGUCAUCAGGGCGGGUGAGCUGGGGCUGGCAGUGCCGGCAGGAGCCAGGACCAGCCUGACCUGUGUGGCCGACGGGUCCCCCCCCAUCAGCUACCGCUGGUUCAGGAGCACCCCGGGAGGGAAAGCCCUGCUCCUGAGCAGCCAGGCUGAGCUGGCGUGGGACAGCCUGCAGCCCUCCGACGCCGGGAAGUACUACUGUGAGGCAGAGAACAGGGCUGGAGCCAGGGCAGUGCAGCAGAGCGACACCGUUGAGCUGACAGUGAGAGGGUCCCCAGUCACACAGCAGCCCAGUGCUGGGACUGACAGGCACGCCAGACCCCCGCUCACCCCUCGAGGCAGUGGGACCCAGCAAGUGCCCACAGGGACCCCCCAGACCGCGCCCGCCGCGCCCCUGUACGCGCUGCCGGCCGCGCUGGGCGGGGCCGCGCUGGGGGCGCUGAUGGCCGCGCUGCUGCGCCGCAGGCCCGGCAAGAAGGAACCUCUCUAUGAAGUUGCUUUCUGCAGCACUGCAGAUGUCAUGAGAUUGGAGACUGAUGUGGAAGUCCCUGUUAAGUGCCUACACAAGAAGACAAAUUGUAAGACUGAAACAUUCAAUGAUACUUUCACUGUGAAAGAUGACAGCCACAACAGCGUAUACAUCAGGAAGAAUCCUGAGUAUGAGAACCUUGUGAGUGCAAUGGAAUCAGAAUAUGAAACAGAAAGAAUUUAGUAGAGUACCAGCUUUUCCUCAUGAGCAGCCGUGCAGGGCUGCAGAUACUCAAUGGUAAACUUUACCAAAGGAAAAUCUUCUUCCUGUCUGCCUCCUGCUGUGAUAAAUGUACCAGUCUCACUGCUUUCCUUAACCUAGGGGAACUACAUAAUCUCGGGCUUUGGCAAAUGAAGCUCAUUGGUGCGGAAACCCUCAGCCAGGUGAUUAUCAACCUACUUUUACAGAGCAAAUAAUUUCUGAGCCUGAAGGGCCAAGGUGAGGAAGAGAGGAUCUGAAGGAGUGGAAACACUUUGGCCUGCAAAUUGAGGUGUAGCUGGGUGCAGUGCUGCUAGCCAGUAACACUGGUAAGGUGUACUUUCCAGUGCAUGUUCCCCUGUUAGGACAUCCCAGACUGCAAGGAGCUGAGGAGCCGGGGAUUGUGCUGGAAAUGGAUGCCGUCUGGCUUUUCACGUUCAACAAUUACUGGUUGUACAUCCUGCUUGUCCUUGAGUCUUUUUUAUUAGAGCAUAAUAAAGGGACUGCAGAGGGGGGGAGUGAUGUCCCAGGAAUGCAAUUUUUGCUAUCAGACUGGAGCUCAUUGCUUAGAGGAAGAGGAAAUGGCCCUGUGGGUGAUGAGCCUCCUAACUGCCACCCUCUGGUUUUCUCCCGGAAAAGCAGAAUUGGUGUUGAAGGAAAUGCUAGAAUUUUCCUUUUACCGUGUGGGGACCAAACGCAUAAUAAAAGAGAGAAAUCUGAGGCACGUGGAAUAAUGAUGGAGCGAGGGACCUCCCUGGACACAACAGACUGAUGUUGAUUCACUCUGUGGGACUUGAAUCAAUCUGUCUUGAUUACAACAGAGAUAUUAACUCUGACCUAUGUUAUGGGAAUGCUGUGAGUGCUCAUGUUUGUACCUUGAAAUACACUUGAAAAGUGCUC